GUUCUGUAUUUGUGUAUACCUUGCGAGUUUAUCCGUUGUGUUGGCAAAGAAAAGAUAAUACAAAAAAUACUAGCAUAUCUGGUAAUAAUAAUUGUUGUCAAAGGACAACGAUAUUAUAACCAAUGGCCACAAUCGAUGGAAGACCGGCGCAAUAUGGGGUAUCACUUAAGCAAUUACGCGAUAUCAUGGAGCAUCGCGGCCGCGAAGGCAUAGCGAAAAUCAAUGAAUACGGUGGCAUUCAUGAGCUAUGCAAAAAACUCUACACAUCUCCAAAUGAAGGCCUUAGCGGGUCGAAAGCGGAUGAGGAGCAUAGACGUGAGACUUUCGGCUCGAAUGUAAUACCACCGAAACCGCCGAAAACGUUUCUGACUCUUGUCUGGGAGGCGCUUCAGGAUGUCACACUUAUUAUCUUAGAGGUAGCUGCUCUAGUUUCACUCGGUCUAUCAUUCUAUAAGCCCGCCGAUGAGGAUGCGCCUUUACUUCAGGAGGAGGAUGAACAUCAUGGUUGGAUAGAGGGUCUCGCCAUUCUCAUUUCGGUGAUUGUGGUCGUGAUUGUGACCGCUUUCAAUGAUUACUCGAAGGAACGACAGUUUCGGGGUCUGCAGAAUCGCAUCGAAGGCGAGCACAAGUUCUCCGUGAUUCGAGGCGGCGAAGUCUGCCAGAUAUCGGUUGGCGAUAUUCUAGUCGGCGAUAUUGCUCAAAUCAAGUACGGCGAUCUUUUGCCCGCAGACGGAUGCCUUAUCCAAAGCAAUGAUUUAAAGGUGGACGAAUCAUCGUUGACCGGUGAAUCGGAUCAUGUGAAGAAGGGUGCCGACUCGGAUCCGAUGGUUCUCUCUGGGACCCACGUGAUGGAGGGAAGUGGCAAGAUGGUUGUCACCGCCGUCGGCGUCAAUUCGCAGGCCGGAAUUAUUUUCACGCUGCUCGGCGCCGCCGUCGACGAACAGGAGGCCGAAAUCAAAAAGAUGAAGAAGGAAGCUAAAAAGGCGAGCAAGCAAAAGAGCAAGAGCCUGACAGGUGACACUGAUGGACGUACACCAAUGAAAGCCGUAGCAGCCAAUGCACCAGCAGCUCCUCGAGGAGGAGGCGACGUCAUUAAAUCGGAAUCGGAUGGGAAUCAUGUGCAGCAAUCGUCGACGACAAGUGCCGCCGAAACUGGCCACAAGAAGGAGAAGUCUGUGCUGCAAGCGAAGUUAACCAAAUUGGCGAUACAAAUUGGCUAUGCAGGCUCAACGAUAGCCGUGCUCACGGUUAUCAUAUUGAUAAUACAGUUCUGUGUGAAGACUUUCGUUAUCGAUGAGAAACCCUGGAAGAAUACUUAUGCCAAUAAUCUCGUCAAGCAUUUAAUUAUUGGUGUUACAGUAUUAGUUGUUGCUGUGCCGGAGGGUUUGCCACUCGCUGUCACCCUCUCGCUGGCCUACUCUGUGAAGAAAAUGAUGAAGGAUAAUAAUUUGGUGCGUCAUUUGGAUGCGUGUGAAACAAUGGGAAAUGCGACGGCUAUUUGCUCGGAUAAAACGGGCACUCUGACGACAAAUCGAAUGACUGUCGUCCAAUCCUAUAUCUGUGAGAAACUGUGCAAGGUGUUGCCAACGUUGAACGAUAUUCCGCAGCAUGUUGGCAACCUGAUCACAAUGGGCAUAUCGGUCAAUUCUGCGUAUACUUCCAAUAUAAUGCCUGGACAAAAUGCGGGAGACUUACCCAUUCAGGUGGGCAAUAAAACUGAGUGCGCAUUGCUCGGUUUUGUACAGGCUUUGGGCGUUAAAUAUCAAUCCAUACGCGAUGAAAUACCCGAGGAUCGUUUUACACGCGUCUACACCUUCAACUCGGUGCGCAAAAGCAUGGGAACUGUGAUCCCCCGACCAAAUGGCGGAUAUCGUCUCUACACAAAAGGGGCCUCCGAGAUCAUAAUGAAGAAAUGUUCGUUUAUCUAUGGGCACGAAGGUACGCUGGAGAAGUUCACCCGGGACAUGCAGGAGCGCCUCAUCCGCGAGGUGAUCGAGCCGAUGGCCUGCGACGGUCUGCGCACCAUUUCCGUUGCCUAUCGCGACUUUGUGCCCGGCAAGGCGGCCAUCAACGAGGUGCACAUCGAUGGCGAACCCAAUUGGGAUGACGAGGAGAAUAUUAUGACAAACCUGACCUGUCUGUGUGUGGUGGGCAUUGAAGAUCCCGUCCGACCGGAGGUGCCUGACGCCAUUCGCAAGUGCCAAAGGGCGGGCAUCACAGUCCGUAUGGUCACCGGUGACAAUAUUAAUACGGCCCGUUCCAUUGCUGGGAAAUGCGGCAUUCUACGGCCAAACGAUGAUUUCCUCAUUUUGGAGGGCAAAGAAUUCAAUCAGCGCAUUCGCGACAGCAAUGGUGAUAUCCAGCAGCAUCUGCUUGACAAGGUCUGGCCCAAAUUGCGAGUUCUUGCCCGCUCCUCACCCACCGACAAGUAUACCCUAGUCAAAGGCAUGAUCGAUAGCACAGUGACGGAUAAUCGGGAGGUGGUCGCUGUGACGGGGGAUGGCACCAACGAUGGACCCGCUCUCAAGAAGGCCGACGUUGGCUUCGCAAUGGGCAUUGCUGGUACCGAUGUGGCCAAGGAAGCCUCCGACAUCAUCCUCACCGAUGACAACUUCAGCAGCAUUGUGAAGGCGGUGAUGUGGGGACGAAAUGUUUACGAUUCGAUUGCGAAGUUUCUCCAGUUUCAGCUAACGGUGAAUGUUGUUGCCGUCAUUGUUGCAUUUAUUGGUGCCUGUGCCGUUCAGGAUUCUCCACUCAAGGCCGUGCAAAUGUUAUGGGUGAAUCUGAUUAUGGACACACUGGCCUCUCUCGCCCUGGCAACGGAAGUGCCCACACCGGAUCUACUGCUCCGAAAGCCAUAUGGACGCACAAAACCGUUAAUAUCGCGCACAAUGAUGAAGAACAUAUUGGGACAGGCCCUAUACCAGUUGGUCAUCAUCUUCGGACUGCUCUUUGUGGGUGACUUAAUACUAGAUAUUGAGUCCGGUCGUGGACAAGAUUUGAAUGCUGGACCCACACAACAUUUCACGAUCAUCUUCAACACGUUUGUUAUGAUGACUCUUUUUAAUGAAAUCAAUGCAAGAAAAAUUCACGGACAGCGUAACGUUGUCGAGGGCCUCUUCACCAAUCCCAUUUUCUACACCAUCUGGAUAUUCACAAUGAUUUCGCAGGUUCUUAUUAUUCAGUAUGGCAAAAUGGCUUUCUCAACCAAGGCUCUUUCGCUGGACCAGUGGCUGUGGUGCGUCUUUUUUGGCAUUGGUACUCUUGUCUGGGGCCAGUUGAUCACCUCGGUGCCCACUAGAAAGCUGCCUAAAAUCCUAUCGUGGGGUCGCGGACAUCCCGAGGAAUAUACAGAUGCGAUGAAUUUGGGUGAAGAACGAUUCGAUUCGAUUGAUUCGGACAAGAAGCCGAGAGCUGGACAAAUUCUAUGGAUUCGCGGCUUGACUCGUCUGCAAACCCAAUUGCGGGUGAUUCGUGCUUUCCGCUCGAACCUGGAAGAUCUUAGCGAACGCCGCUCGAUGCACAGUUUGCACAGCUUGCGUACGCCACGGACGGCAGCCAGUAAUGCUGCUGUCGGUCAUCCUCUCUACAAUAUAAAUCUGUUGAGCCCCAAUUACAGCAGCAACGCCAGCAAACAGCAGCACCCGCAGUCGCAGUCAACGCAGAAGCCAACGUCGCAGCAGCAGCAAAAGCAGCAGCAUUUAUCAAACGCAACCCUGUCUCCGCUGCCUGCGGACAUAUCUUACAUUGACGAAGAUCCGCAGCAGCAGUCGCAGUCACAGCAACAACGCAAUUUAAGAAAUGGCUGUCCAACUACCUCAACACACACAAACUCAUCCGCUUCACAUUCAUAUUCGCCGGCUGCUUCUGGCGGCGGCGGCUUUUCUGACGUCGUCCGCAAUUUGCAGCAACUGAGCGAACAGCACAAAAAUGGACAGAACGAAACACGAAUUUAAAAAAGAAAACAAAACAUGAAAACUCGGCAUGCUUGUGUCUGUGUGUAGAAAAGUAACUCACACACACCACAAAUCUAUCGCCAUGAGUUAUACACACAAAGACACAAAUUUAUAUACAUAUACAAACAUAUGUAGUUGCCGUUUAGUCAGCGUGUGUUGUUUUAUAUUUUUCUUAUUUCUACCGUUGCCCGAUAAUUAUGUACUUUAAUUAAGAUAAUUAAUUUAACGAUUAACGUUUAACGCUUAGCAACAAUUUUUGUUAUAUAUGUAUAUUUAAACGCAUGAUUUUGUAUACUUUUAAUGUUUAUGAUUUUUCGUUUUUGUAUAAACAUCAUUAAUAAUAUUACUAUUAUAUUAUUGCGGAACUCGUAUUACUAACUUAAUGAACAAAAUACCAACAACAAUCAAAA